ACUCAUGGUGCAACGUUUUUCUGUCCGCCUGCUGAAACUCGUCCUGGUCCUGUAACAUGCCACUGAUCACGCUGGGGUUGAAGGUUUAAUGUGUUUAAUUUAAUGUAGACGAAGAUUUUGGAGAACGCAAGGUGUCGGAAAUGUUAAAAUAGAGAAGUUUCAUGUCUUGAUUGGACGUGGUUUCCCCUUUGAAACGAUGGCUGCUGAUGAAAGUGUCUGCUCGGGAUUCACGAGCUGGGAGUUUGACUCUCAAACCUUUAAUGGAUUAAAACAACACCAACACAUGUGUGCUUCACAAAGAAGAUGCUACAGUUUCUGCAAGAGGAAGUCUUUUGCCAGGUUUGUGGCCUCCAAGGAGCAGGGAUGUGACGGGGAAGGAGGGACACUUUGGUGCUGCUGCGACCAGACCUUUAACGAACAGUCUGCCGUUCACAAACACGUGGCCAGAACUCACGAUGCUGAAAUACAGCAGCUCUCACGGGCCACGUAUGAACAUUUGUUAAGCCAGCUGGCAGAAGAAAGUGAAGCAGAUCAGCUUAACGGACACAAAGCAGACGCAGUAGACGUUUCUGGAUGGAUACCUGAUAUCAGCCGCGUCUCUGAGGAGCAGAUUAAAACAGGUCCUGGCAAGGUUCUGCUCUACUAUUGCUACUGUCAAGUGGAGGAUCCACGUGUCAUCUGUGCUUGGCAGAAAGCUUUAUGUGAGAAGUUACAUUUAACCGGCAAGGUCCGGGUGGGAACCGAAGGCAUCAACGGGACUGUCGGUGGCACCGACGUGGCCACGGACAUUUACAUCGAUGCAAUGCUUUCACAUCCUCUCUUCAAGAUGGAUAAAGACGACUUUAAGGCCAGUGACGGGGGGGCUGAGUGCUUCACAGAGUUGAAGGUCGGCGUCUACAGAGAGAUCGUCCCGAUGGGAGUGGAUCCUGAUGUUAUUUCCUACCAGUUGGCAGGAAUUCAUCUGGAGCCUGAAGUCUUCCAUAAGGAAGUGGAAACUCUGUUGGAUAAAGGGGAUUUGUGUAACGACACCAUCCUCCUUGACUGCCGCAACUUUUACGAGAGUAAAAUUGGGCAGUUCACUCAGUGUUUGGCUCCAAACAUCCGUAAGUUCAGUUAUUUCCCAGCUUACGUGGACCAGAACCUGGAACUGUUCAAAGACAAGAGGGUGCUCAUGUACUGCACGGGAGGAAUCCGCUGCGAGCGCGGCUCCGCUUACCUCCGUUCAAAAAAUGUGUGUAAAGAGAUUUACCAGCUGAAAGGUGGGAUUCACAAGUACCUGGAACAAUUCCCAGAGGGUUUCUAUCGAGGGAAACUCUUUGUGUUUGACGAACGCUACGCCAUCUCGUCCAACACUGACGUCCUCUCAGGCUGCAGGUACUGCAGCUGUCCCUGGGACCGGUAUGAGCUCUGCAGCACCCGGUUCUGCUGCCAGCUGGUUCUGUCCUGUCCGUCCUGCAGACGGGAUGGACACACCGCCUGCUGCCCCACAUGCCAGACCAAGGGACGGGCUCGGCCUGAGACGACGUCUGAAACAACGUCUGAAACCCCGUCUGAAACCCCGUCUGAAACCCUGCAGCGCAGAGAGGAGUGCGAGUGCACCGACCAACGUCCCAGAAUCCCUCAGGAUGUUUAGACACCCCUCCCCUCUGAAACGUGGCUGGACCUUGAUAAUAAUCAGUGGAAUUAUUGGUUAAUAAUCAGGGACAAAUAUGCAGCACAUUUUAAAGUUCACAUUUUUUUAAGGGAUGUUUUAUUAUCGGCAAUGAAAUCAGAUAUCUUGAAGAGAGAUUUGUUCUUAAAAAAUGAGGCCUUUUAAUCAUCUAAUGAUAAAUAUGUGGAAAUAACUGCAGGAUCGAUGUAUUUUAUAAGGUGAAUAUUGUGAAUACCUAGACAGAAAUAAAGUCUUGCAGAUAAACCAGCGGCAUGAUCUUCUUGUCAGUAUGUUUUUCAGAUAAUAGAUGUAAAAGUUAUUAACAAAUGUUGAUGCAGUAGUAUUUUUAUUCUGAGCUGAACAAUUUCUAUUUAUAAAGCACAUUUAAAACAUACUGCAAAGUGAUACUAUUGUGAUAAUUGCAGUAUGUGAUUUAGCAUUGCCUUGGUUAAAUAUACCAAACAUCUGGAUGGAACUGUCACUCUAAAACCUCUGUACUUUUAACCAUUGAUGGAGCCUUUCCAGAUGUGUGAGCUGCCCAAACCCACAUCAUCAGACGCAGGCUCCUUUUAUACUCAUUUAUGUUACUGACUUGUUCCCAAUUAAUCCAGUUACCGGUAGUUGUUUUUGAUCAGUUUGGCCAGUUACUUUUCUCAGCCAGUUACUUUUCCAGUGUUUUGUUGCCAACUUUUUUGACAUAAGUUUCUAACAUCAAAUUCAGU